AUGCCGAAAUCACCAAGCGUAUCGGUUCUGGAUGUUCUGCGGAGGCAGGAGGAGCAGUCACAGCUGGCGGAUUUGGGUUUCCCUCCCAUGCUGCGUCUAGAUGCGGAGGAGGAGCAGCAGCAGAAUGGGGAGAGGCAGAGCCAGGGGCAGGGGAAGGAGCAUGGCAUUCCUGAAGAAGGUGGCAGGGUGGGGGAAAGGGAGAGGGACUUUGCAGCAGCAGAGAGUGAAGGUGAACGAACGAGAGAGUCAACAAGCAGAAACAUUGAUGGAUGUUGCAAUGUGCAGGGGGGAGAGGAGGAGGACGUGGAAGAGGAGGAGGAAGGAGAAGAAGUGGAGGAGGAGAAGGACGACGAGGAAGGGGGAGGGUCGUACCAGGGCCCGCGCAUAGCAGGACUGGAGCCGAUGAACUUUGUCACACUCGCUUCGCCACACCUGGGCUCGCGUGGAAAAGGGCAUCUGCCCUUUCUGCCUGAGUUGCCCUUUCUUCUCAAGGUGAGUCUCUUUGAGAAGGCGUCCGUGCCACUCGCACCGCUCUUCCUCGGCCGCUCCGCUCGCCACCUCUUCCUCACCGACGUCGACCCGCCUGUCAAAACAACCGACGUCGACCCUCCCGUCGAAACAACCGACGUCGGACCUCGAAUUCAUCCCAGUAAUGUCAACCCGCAAAUCAGCACCGCGGAUGCUGACCCUCGCGUUGACUCUACUGGCGGCACAGAACCGCAAAGUGAAACCACCGGCACCAACGCUCGGAUUGAUACCACCAGUGCUGGUCGUCAACCAAGCACGGCUGGUGUUGAUCCUCUCAGUGAUGCCCUGGGUGCUGCUGUGGCUGGCGAUAUUCAUGUAGACGCUGCGAAGGUUAAUCCUUCUACGGGCCGUGUCGACCCUUUAAAUGCCAAGUCUGGUAAAUAUUUACCUCUCAACACCAACACGACUCUUUCCUCCUCCGUUGAUGCUGGUCAUCCCUUUGCUGAACUUUCUGCUCAGCCAGCUGCCGAAGCUCUUGCUGUGGGUGCUGAGUCCAAUUUGGGCCAUGCAACUGUGAAGGAAAAAAAGCAGCAGCAGCCGCAUGGGAUGGUGCGGUUGCAUCGGCUGGGAAGCAGCCUGAUUGACGUGACAAGGGUGGCAGCAGCAGAAGGCCAUUCAGAGGAGACACCAGAGACAGGGGUUGGGAGUCGCAAGGAGAAACACCAGCUGCCUCUGCUACUUCGCAUGACUACAGACAACGAGGAAGGCCCCUUCUUGUCUGCUCUCGCUGCAUUCAAGUACAGAGCUGCAUACGCCAAUGUCUUGGGGGAUCGGAAUGCCACGAGCGAAGCUUCAGGUGCUCCUCCAGGUGCUCCUUCAGGUGGUCCGUCAGGUGCUCCUUCAGGUGGUCCGUCAGGUGCUCCUUCAGGUGGUCCGUCUGAUGGACCUGCAGCAGGUGACGCCCCAGAGCCCAAAGAGCACACCAAUUUCUUUGCGCGCCUGAAGGGAAGGUGGAAAGUGGGGGGGGGAACAGCAGCAACUCCCGGCUUCGGACUUGGCUUUGGGUUCGGUUCCCCGCAGCAGCAGUUCCUGCCAUUCAAACAGCAGCCACUGAAGCUGAAAGAGAAGGGGCAUACCGAACAGGGUGAGGAAGGAGAGCAGGCCUUUGAGAACAAUAAAAAAUCACCUGAUGAUCCACCUGAGGGUCCACCUGAGGAGGGUGAGGAGGGGCGGUUGCAGCUGGUGCGUAGCAUGAGUGAGGGUAUGGUUCCCAGGGGUGCAAGUGGCAGGGGCAGCGGGAGUGGGGGCAGCAGUGGGGAAGGUAGUGGCAACAGCAGAACUGGACAAGGGGCGAUGAAGAACGACAUUGGGCAUGGGAGCGAUGAGGGAUGGUGUGGCGAGGAGAAUAAGGCGAGGAGAGCAUCUAUUGGUGGUCCUGCUGCUGCUGCUGCUGCUGCCGCUGCUGGUGGUGCUGGUGGUGCUGGUGCUGCCAUGCUGCCACGUACUGCAGGGAUAGCACCAAAGAAGCAUAGCAUUCAAAUGCAGUGGGAAGGUGGGUUUCCUCUCCACGUCUCCGUUGAUUACGCCAUGGUGGACAAUCUCAACCGUGUCCCGUGGGCUCGCAUCGAUGUCAACUUUGCAUCGUCACCACUUGCCUUCCUGGCUCACAUCCUCAUUCAGGUGAACAUUCCAACACUCAAGGCGCAUGGAGCCAGUGUGAUUCAGCAUGUGAUUGACAACUUUGUGGUGUAA